AUGAAUAAUAUUUUAAUUAAAAAUAGGAAAAAUCCUAUUUUUUUUAGUAUUUUAAAAAUAAGAGAAAAAAGAACAUUUUAUGCUUCGAAAUGGAUAAGAAGAUUGCAAAUAUUAAAUGAGAAAUAUAAUUAUAAGAUUGAAAAAGAAGAAGAAAUUGAAUAUGAAGAAAAAAAAAAUGAUGAUAAAAUCGAAAAAAUAUAUCCUUUAUGGAAUAGUAGAAGAACUGGUUUGUUAGGAUAUAAAGUUGGGUGUAUGAGUAUUUGGGAUAUAUGGGGGGUUAAACAUGCAGUUACUGUUGUGAAAAUUGAUAAUUGUUAUGUUUUAAAUCAAAAAAAUAUAACUAAAAAUGGUUAUGAGGCAUUAGAAGUUGGUAUUGGUAAUAUGAAUGUUAUAAAACAAAGUAAAAAUAAUAUAGGAAAUUAUAUUAAAAGACGGCUUGGAUUUAUUCAUAAAAUAAGAGAAUUUAAAUGUACUAGUGAUUGUUUUUUACCUGUACAACAUAAAUUUUCUGCUAGACAUUUUUCACCUGGACAAAACUUAUUUAUUAGUUCGAGUAUAAAAAAUAAAGGGUUUUGUGGGGCUAUGCAAAAAUGGAACUUUAGUGGAAAAAAUCAAUCCCAUGGAACAGAAAGUAAAGCACAUCGAAGUUUAGGUAGUGUAUCAAUGGGAAAAACAAUUAAUAUCGUUUUUAGAAAUAAAAAAAUGAAUACACAUAUAGGAGAAAAGAGUUUAGUAAAAUGUAGUAACAACAAACUAUUCCGAAUUAAUAGUCUUAAAAAUUUAUUAUUUAUUAAAGGAACUAUUGGAGGUUACAAAAAUAAAGUUAUUAAAAUAUCGGAUGCAAAAGGAAGAGCAUUUAAUAAAUUUAAAAAUAAAAUAUAUUUAUAUUAUCCAACUUUUAUUUAUAAAAAAAAUAAAAAAUAUAAAAAUGUUAUAGAUAUGCCACAUAGUGUUGAAGAUCCAUUUCUCUACAAUGAAAUACCGUUGUAUGAGCCUGAAAAUAAGUAG